AUGUCUGACGCCGCCGCUGCUGCUGUUGCUGCCCCUGCCAAGAAGGCCUCCCCCAAGAGAGCCUCACCCAAGAAGGCAUCGCCCAAGAAGGCAGCUGCCAAGAAAGCUGUUGCCAAGAAGGCAGCUAAGAGGCCAGCGGCCAAGAAGGCAGCCAAGAAGCCUGCAGCCAAGAAGGUAGCCAAGAGGCCAGCGGCUAAGAAGGCAGUUAAGAAGCCUGCAACCAGGAAGCCUGUUGCCAAGAAGGCCGCAGCCAAGAAGCCUGCUGUGAAGAAGGCAGCCAAGAAGGUUGCUGCCAAGAAGGCUGUGAAGAGGCCAGCA